UAGGGGUAGAGGGCUCGUGACUCCGGUGCUCUCCUCCAGCGUUCCUCUUCCGUGCGCGCUGGAAAACCCUAACUACGACGAGCUAAGGAAAUGAUCCUUGCUGAACGCCAACGCCUUCUGUCUUGUGUGCCUGUGUCUAUUUCAGCUAAGACCACCAUUUAUUUUAAAUCAAUUACCAGUAAUAUUUUCUAUUUGCAUUAAAAAGAUGAGCCUGGGGCCAUGAGAGGUGACCUGGUGAUAGUUACCAGCUGCACAGCUGAUUAAGUAGCAGAGGAGAUUAGAACUCAGUUCCUGGCCUCCCAAGAUUGUUAAGAAUGAGUCUGCGGAAGCAAACCCCUAGUGACUUCUUAAAGCAGAUCAUUGGACGGCCAGUUGUGGUGAAGCUAAAUUCUGGGGUGGAUUAUCGAGGGGUCCUGGCCUGCCUGGAUGGCUACAUGAAUAUAGCACUGGAGCAAACGGAAGAGUAUGUAAAUGGGCAGCUGAAGAAUAAGUAUGGGGAUGCGUUCAUCCGCGGAAACAAUGUGCUGUAUAUAAGUACACAGAAGCGAAGGAUGUGAAGACGCCAGGAGCAGCUCUCUUCACACUUGGAUGUACUUUAUUAUGAAGAGCUUGGUUUUUUUGUUCUUUUACGACCCUAGUUGCUGCCUGUUUUCAUAGUGGUUGGUGUGUUUUGUUUUGUUUUUUAAUUGACGUUUAAAUAAGACGAAAGUGUUACUUUACAAAUCUAAUCUUAAAUGUUUUAUGUUCACAUUUACUCCUGUCUGUACAGAAUAUUAAAAUUUAAAAAAAAGCAAAAAUACUAA